UGGGCUGCCGGAUUCUUCCUGCUGCCCGUCGCCGACGGCACGGCCGCGUCCGAAGUGGCCCGCGCCGGCCUCCUCGCGCAGCACGGGGGGCUCUUCGUGGACACGGACGUGCUGCUGCAGGGCCGGAUGACCGAGCUCGCGAGGCUCAUGCAGGACUACGACCUGGUGGCCUUCACGCAGGGAGCGCAGAGGUGCGCGAGGGGCGAGCUCUCCACGAGCUUGCUCGCGAGCAUGAGGGCCAACCCCAUCGCCGUCGCGUGGUACGAAGCCGCCGCUUCGGUGCUCAAGAG